AGCGUUGCGCUUAUCGUACCUAUAUCAUCUAUUUGAAGUACAUUCCAACGAAAAACGUCGAUUUGAAACUUCGCGAGUGACCACAGAAUACGCGCGAAAUUCGAUUCACCAGUUCAACUGGGAUAUAAUCUCUCUCCUCCCCAUCCCCCCCACCAAUACUGGUUUAAACGACGAAAACGUACAGGUAUCGCCCGAAAUGUUUUUCAAAAUUCUCGCGUUUCAACCAUAAUAACACAUUACACAGACGAGCGGCAUCAAUAAUAAUAUAAUAGGCGCGUUACUUUGGCGAUGAUUUAACAGCAGUUUGACGGGCGCCUGUAAGUCGUGGUCGCUGGACCGUGUGGCCUUGGUGUGCGCCAUGCGAUUACCGGCCGUGGUCGGCGUGGCCGCGGGCCUGGCCACGCGGCACUGGUGGUACGGGCUAACGGCCGAGGCAAAGGGUCGGUACGCGGACGCGGUCUGGUCGAACCGGCUGUUCAUCGCGCUGGCCGUGGCCGCCGGGUUGGGACUGUUCGCGGCGUUCCUGUGGAAGCACACGGAACUGGACCCGCGGACGGGCGGCCGCCGGCUGUUCCUGUUCAGCGACCGGGCGCUGGAGAGACAGGCCGAUCGCCGGAUGCAGGAGACGCUGGACUCGACGCGCCCCGUCCGGCUGGACGCCGCGCACCCCGUCCACGGGCGCGUGGCCGGCGCGACGUCCCGGAUGUUGGCCGCCAACGCCGGGGUGGACGCGAUCCGGCGGCGCCGGUGGACCGUGGCGGUGGUGGACAGCCCGGCCGUGAACGCCGCGGUCGCGCCCGGCGGGCUGGUGCUGGUCAACACCGGUCUGACGUCCGCGGCCAACGACGACCAGCUGUCGAUAGUCGUCGGCCACGAGAUGGCGCACUGCCUGCUCCGGCACGUCAACCAGAUCAGCAGCAUAGCGUUCGUGCUGGACACGCUGUGCCUGGUUCCGGUGUCCGCGGUCAUCUGGGCCGCGCUGCCGUUCUGCUGGAACCUGUUGGCCCACCUGUGGUCGGUCGCCGUGUUGAACGUGUGCGUAGUGCUGCCGUGCGCCCGGUGGUACGAGGCCGAGGCCGACCGCGCCGGGCUGGAGCUGGCCGCCAGAGCGUGCGUGGACGUCACCCAGGGAUACCGGUUCUGGGACGCCAUGUCCGAGACGGAGGGUCCCGGUUACAAGCUGUUCUGGUGGCUGUCCGUGCACCCGACCAACGAGAGUCGGUCCAGGCACCUGUACGGCUUGAUACCCGCGGCCACGGAGCUCCGGAGACUGGCCAGCUGCUAGUCGGGCCGCUCGGGUCCCCUGCGCGCACCCUCUCCUUCGAAAUAGUGAGUUCGCUGGUGUGUUCGAUUCGAAUGAUUUGAUAGUCUUAAAAAAAAAAAACCACACGUUAUGUUCGCACACGAUAUUCAUCGGGUUCGGUAAUAAUCGUAGAUAUUGGUAAGUGAAUGUUGAAUGUUUCGUUUUUGUUCAAAACGAUAUAAAAAAAGAAGACGUCCCGAUCGACCGAUCGACGUACGGCCAGCAAGGCUGUGAUAGGUAAAGACUUGAAAAAGUGUUGUACCUUCGUACCGCGACGUGAGGGGGUACACCGAGGAUUUUUAAGAAUUUUGAAGAGGGGCUGACCGCACGGAGUUGUUGACUACCUAUCGAAAACGAACGAAUAUUUGUUUGUUUGAAGGUGUCCGUUGUUGUAGCUGGUUACAAAAAAUAAAAAUAGUUAUUGGACUUAACAUUUUAUUUUAGAUUCAUCCCUCGUGUUUCGUAAGUCAAAACCGCCGAAGUUAAUGUGUUUAAACUAUGGCGUGUAACUUACGUUUAACGGGGUUAAACACAAUAUUUUAUCCUGUGUAAAUCAACUGGCAUUAUUUAGUUUGUCUCAGGCAACGGCAUGCAGGAUCACCUAGUUAAUAAUACGAUACAUUUAAACGAGAUAUACCUAUAGAGUAGUAAAUAAUAAUUAGCAAAUCAUAUUAUUCAAACCACAACAAAAGACCUUCGGGCUAAUAUAUCUCAAACGAUAGUUUUUAAUUAUAAAACUACCAAAACUAACAUACAAAAUGCUUACACGUGGCAUCACUUUAUAUUAUUUUAUACAUCGUAAUUAAAUCAAAGGCGUGUUUAAAUAAAGAAAACAUAUAAGCUGUGAUGUUUUCAAAACGGGAAAACAAUGACUUAUAAUUAGUAUAGAUACCUAAUAUAAUAUGUAUUAUGUAUUACAU